CAGUGGUAUAAGUAUCGAGCUUUAUAACAUGUUAUCAAGUUCGUGUUUUUAAAUGAUUGUUUAGUAGCAAUUAAUGAUACAGAUAUAUUUCCACUGAAAUACCACACACGAAAGCUCAUCGUGCAUUCUCUGAAUUGGACGUAUCUGUGUGAUGACGGACUUAUGCUUGUGAUUUUGAAUACAAACUGAGUGACAUAAGAGAAAGUGAAAAAGAAACUUCUUAAGAAUUCUCCAUGAUUUUUCAAGGAAGUACCACGGAUAAUCUACCCAUGGCCUACAAUCCGUUUUUCCUGCACCGACCCUCGGACUAUGGGUCACUCCUGGCCCAACAACAAUAUCUCUCCAACAUAGCCCUGCAGUCCCCGGGAUAUGCAGCCUCCCUCCUCCCAAAGCUGGGCCGCAAUCCCCUGGGUGCAGAUAUGCUGCACUCUCUGGGGUCUCGCCAUCUCAGAGGUAUGGAACCCCCAGAGACUGAAGUCCAUGACGACCCAAAAGUGGAGUUAGAAGGCAAAGACCUGUGGGACCAGUUCCACAAAAUCGGCACCGAAAUGGUCAUCACCAAAUCUGGAAGACGCAUGUUUCCCCCAUUCAAAGUCCGAGUUUCCGGAUUGGACAAAAGAGCAAAAUAUAUUCUGUUGAUGGACAUCGUCCCCGUUGAUGACUGUAGAUACAAAUUUCACAACAGCCGCUGGGUGGUGGCAGGAAAAGCCGACCCAGAAAUGCCCAAAAGAAUGUAUAUCCACCCCGACUCCCCAAGCACGGGGGAACAAUGGAUGCAGAAAGUGGUCUCCUUCCAUAAGCUGAAACUGACCAAUAACAUUUCGGACAAGCACGGCUUUACGAUCCUGAAUUCCAUGCACAAGUACCAGCCUCGUUUUCACUUAGUCCGGGCCAACGAUAUUCUGAAGCUUCCCUACUCUACGUUCCAGACUUUUGUCUUUAAAGAGACAGAUUUCUUUGCAGUCACAGCGUAUCAAAACGAAAAGAUCACACAGCUGAAAAUUGACCAUAACCCUUUCGCCAAAGGUUUCAGGGAUACUGGCGCAGGCAAAAGAGAAAAGAAAAGGGUGAUCACACAAAAUGGCCAGUCAGUGUUGGUAUCUCCAGACAAAUCCCGCUCAGAUGACGCCCAGAGUGACGACGAAGACAACGAAGAGAUCUGUGUCGAUGAGACAGACGACAUGCAUACCGAUGUGUCGUCUGCUAACCAGCUCAAAAACCUAAAUAAAACUGAACAAGAACUUAUUAGUGCUGCAAUUCCAAGUUCACCCAAGAGACCUGAAUCCCCGGUCAAAUUAUUCGACAGCGAGAAACCAGCAUCCCCCACAGAAACUGAAAAAGUUUGCAAAAGGGAGGAAUCACCGUCACCGACCCGGGGGGACGAGUUUAACCGGUCCGACGUCAGCAAUUCUACAUUCAAGAGUCUGAGUGACCACGAAGGAGAGAGUAGUGACGAAAGUAUCCGUGAUGAUCGCCGGAAAUCACCAGACUUAUCCUCUAGUGCUUCCCCCAUUGACAGCAUCUGCAAAGAACCAACGAAACCACCCAAUGUUACGGUGGUUCAACCCUCCGCCACACACGCAAUGUUUCCAUUCAUGUACCCAUCCAACGGGCUUUUUUCUUCACCGUCUUCGAUGCCUUUCCCUCUUGGGCACAUGUUCGGAAGCUCUCCCUUUUCUUCGCAGCUUCCAUUUUUCAGCACUGGACAAAGUGACAUUAGCAGUUUACCACCCGCACACCCGUUGUCGCUCUCAUUGAGUUCCCUCUCCCCACAUAACCAGACUCUUUUACAACCGGCAUACUCUACCGGAAGUUCAUUCACAGGAAGCAGCUCUUUCUCUCCUCCUCACGCACAAGGGACCCAAAUCGGACCAAUGUUCACAUCUCGCACCAGUCCAAGAUUUACACCUUAUUCCCUACCAUCCACAAAAACAACAAUGUCCAGUUCAAACUCCCCAAACACUUCCGGUUUGGGACUUGGUUGUACCCCUGACCUGAUUUCACCACGUACGCAUGGAUAUGGUCAUCAUUCACCCCAAAAUCGUAGUCCCGUGUCUCUAAACAUUCCCUCAUCUUUUGACACUCAAAGUAGAAGUAGUGAACUGCAAAGUAUGGAACGGAUGUUGACCGGACUCGAUCGCAGCAAAAUGAUGCCGCACAGCCAUUUAGAAAAAUAAAAGCCUUACACUAUAAUCUCUACAUUGAAAAAACAACGGGUGAUAUAACAUAACUAAGAUUUUUUAUUUGUCGUAUAAUGAUUUGUUUUGAUAUACAUUGAAAUGAUAAUUGUCAUGUUUUGUGUUGCUUUCUAGUCAAUAGUCUUUGAUAGAGGUCUUUAAAAAAUUAUGAUUGAAACAUGAUAGAUUGAAAAUAGUUCAUACGAGCAUUGUAUAUUUGUAUAGAUUGAAGUAUGAAUAUUUUUUUUCGGAAUUGUAUAUCGAAUUGUUACUAUAAGUAUACAUGUAUAUUGUUAUUGAUUUAUUUUUCUCUGUUACCAUUGUGUAUGUAAAUCGUUACUAUAUUUCAUUACGUUCUCUUCUCACUUGGCGUAACAAUAUUGCCGAGUUGUAACAGGGCUCUUUAAUAUUCAUACGGGCAUAGUGCAAUAAAUUCGUUCCUUUGAAUAUGAAAAUAAAAGUACUGAAAACAUA